UUGUCAAAAUCAAAAUUAAGAAUAAAAAUUUGCAAGUCAUGUUUCACAUUGUUUGUGUUCCUUAUUUUAGUCACUCGAGUUUCAUUUCAAGUUGUUAGUGCACAUGGUUAGCAUAUUAAGACAAAGUAUGAAAAUAUGUUUGGUGGGGAAUAUAAAUCAAAACCCAAGGUUUCUCUUCGCGGAGCCAGUAAAAAGGAGAAAAGAUCAUCUUUGAUUCAUAGAAAUCAAACUGAAAGGGAAAGACGCGAGGAAAAUAGAAGACGGAAUUAUAGUGCGUUGAAAAUUCAAGCAUUUUUUCGAGGAAAUUGGAUUCGAAAACAAGAGUGUGAUGCCCGAAGAAAAGAGUUUGAUGAGAUUUUGGCACAACUUGAAGGAAGCGAACACCCACACAUUGACAAUAUUCAUUUGCUGCUUAGCUGCUUACUUUAUUUCUACUCCAGACAUCAAGAUACAGAACGACUGAUAAGCACAUCCCAGUUUUUACUGAAGAAUAACAAAAGGAUAAAAAUUAAUGAUCACAGACGUUGGACCUUUCAGAUUAAGAAAUUUUUAUGCCUUUGUUCCAGCAUUUUAAGGGAACCGAUUAAAACAAAAAAGGGAUCUUUUGCAAUUCCGUUACGUAUUCUGGAGUCUUUUACAUCACCAGCAUGGUAUUCUGAGAUGAGCCGAGGCAUCUAUAAUGAAGAAUAUGCAACCACAAUUUUCUUGUGUUUGGCUGAGAAUGAUUAUUUCAGCCAUUUACGCUACGUUUUGGAGGAACGUGUGCCAUCAUCCAUAGAGUAUGGCUCAUCUACUCCUUUAGCUGACAGCCUUGUUGAUCUCCUCACGAAACCACUACGACAAUUAUGUACUUCAUCCCAGGAAUACCAGAGAUUCAAGCUCUUAUCUUCAUUUGCGGAGGCGGUCUUUGUUCCAAAACUAUCAAAUCAAGUGAAGAAUUAUCUGCUACCAAAACUUCAGGAUCAGGGAGAUUUUCCAUUCAAAGAUCUUCUCCAAUGCUUACAAAAUACUCAAUUUACGUCCAGUGUUUCCCUACUCUACUGCAUUUUGAAGUUAGCUCAAUCAAACAUAGAAACUGUAGAAACAUCAGACAUUCCACUUUAUCUGGAAACGAUUUUGAAACUGUUACGAAAACUCCCUCCUAAAGUGGAAAGAAGCGAAAAAGAAGAAGAAAUUGAGGAUUCGGAUGAUGAAGCAUCAACCUCUUCUCAAAUGCAACAGGAUUUGGACGAAAAAGACGACGAUGAGGUGAUUGAAGAUUGUUUUGAAAUGUUGAACGAGAAACGUCAUGUAAAGUUAUUGUUAGACACGUUUGAUUCGAGAUCACAAGCUGACGUAAAGUUUAGCGAGGAUUGCAUCAGGCUGCUUACUCUUAUUGUUAACAGUUUGAUUUUUGAACGAAAAUGUCAUAUUCAUAAAUCCAGAAUUUUAUUGACGCUGUCGUCUAAUCGCACUUUCUUUACAAAGUUGUGGAACAUAAUAAAUCAUGUUUCGAUACAAUCGAGUAUUGGGAAACGUUUAUCAUUGCUUCAAAUGGUGAACCAUGGUAGCAAUCUAAGAAACUGGGAAGCAGAAUGCAUAGCUCCACUCCUGGCUGUCUUCUGUUUUCUGCUGGGAAAUCUUCUCUUUUCACUGCACGAUAUUGAUUUUCGUUCACACGAUUCAGGAGCCAAGAUUCCAUUUAGUUUUGAACAACUAUCUGAAAUGGGUAGAAUGCUGUGCGAUACAACGCUUGGUGUUAUUGAAAUAAUGAACCAUGAAAUCAGGACAACCACUGUACCUAAUUAUAAUCUCAGAUCUAAAAUUGCUAAAGUUCGCCUCGGUGAAUCACUUCGCGAAAAUGAGAUGUACAGUAAAGAUAAAUGGAAUAAUGUCUUAGAGGCGAUGACCCGCGUGAUCAAACAGUUACAUUCACGUGACACAAGGUUACAUUAUUGUCCUAUUGAUCAUUGGCUCUCGUCAAAAGUAGAUCUUCAAGUUGAGUUGAUUGAUCUGGAAAUAUUUUUUCAAGAAAAAGGAACUGUGAACCCGUCAGACUACUUACAUGGAACGCCUGGAAAAACCUUUCUUCAUGUCGCCAUUUUAGAGCAUAUUCCUUUUGUUGUUCCCUUUGUCGAUCGUGUCAAGUUAUUUCAAAGAAUUCUAAAUGAAGAUAAGGUCAGACAUGCUGGAAAUCUGCAUGGUUUCUUAAUGGGUCCAGAAGUACGAAUAAGAAGAGAGACAUUAUAUCGAGAUGCUUUUGAUGAACUAUCAGGUGAUCAAGAUCUCAAGCAGAGGAUUCAUGUUAAACUAAUCAACUUACAAGGGUUAGAAGAAGCUGGUGUUGAUGGCGGAGGUCUUUUCAGAGAGUUCUUGAAUGAGUGUCUAAAGGCUGGGUUUGAUCAAAAUAUUGGAUUUUUCUCGUCUACUAGAAAUGAAUUACUUUAUCCUAAUCCACAGGGACAUCUUGUUGAUCAAAAUGUUUUCGCGCAUUAUUAUUUCCUUGGAAAGAUGCUCGGAAAGGCGAUAUAUGAAAACAUGCUGGUUGAAUUACCGUUUGCCAGCUUCUUCCUUUGCAAGGUACUAAGUCAAACCAAUGCAGAUGUUGAUAUAAAUCAUCUAGAAUCUUUGGAUCCGGAGAUGUACAGGAAUUUACUGUAUUUGAAAGAUUGUCCUGAUGUUGAGGAUCUUGAUUUGAAUUUUACUGUAAUUAAUGACAACCUGGGCCAUUCAGAGGUGGUUGAAUUAAAACCCGGAGGUCGAGAUAUCGUUGUAACCAACCAAAACAGAAUUGAAUACAUCCAUCUUAUGGCUGACUACAAAUUAAAUAGACAGAUUCGUCCCCAUUGCAACGCAUUUCGAUCAGGACUAUCAACUGUGAUUGAUAUCUCUUGGCUUCGUAUGUUUGAUCCUAAUGAACUGCAGAUGUUGAUCUCUGGUGCGCAAGUUCCCAUAGAUAUCGAAGACCUAAAAAGCCAUACUUCAUAUUCAGGUGGUUUUAGCGAGGACCACAUUUGUAUGAAAUAUUUUUGGUCAAUUGUGUCACAGUUUAACGAUGAUCAAAUGCGUCAACUUUUGAAGUUUGUCACAAGUUGUUCACGACCUCCUCUUCUUGGCUUUAAGGAUCUUUAUCCGCCAUUCACGAUACACACCGCUGGAAGUGAAGACAGACUUCCAUCAGCAAGCACGUGUGUGAACUUACUCAAGUUGCCCGAAUAUCCUGACCUGGAGACAAUGCGGCAAAGAUUAUUAUAUUCCAUUGAAUCUGGUGCUGGAUUUGAACUCAGCUAACUGGGAAUAAUUGUUUAAUAUUGGAAUCUUGUGAAAUGCAAGUUGCGUGUUUUAGAAAAGACCUGCAAUGAAGAUUUCCAUUUGGUAGCAAUGGCCUGUUUACAUGUAUACGACGCAUGUGUACUUCACGUACACAGGACGAGACAGCUGCUUCUAUAAUACAAAAUAUAUAAAGUGUUCCUGUAGAUCUUCCCGCGACCAUUCCUUGUAUGCGGGAUCCUAGAAUCUGUCGCGAGUUUAUGAGAAUGAGUAAAUUAGCACUUUUAUAUAGCUUCAUUCUGGCAAAUUUUUUUAGGUACGACUUCUCUUCUGGGUGUAUGGGUUAAAAACGCAGUAAGGUGAACAUAUGAAAACAGUUAAUGUUGUCAUUAAAAUAACAUGAAUUACAGGCUGUAAAUUUGUAGCUAUCAAACAAUAUUUAUAAAUUUUGACGUAGUCGCUCAUCUUGUGUUUAUAAACGGUAGUAUUGUAGCCUAAUUUCGCGAAACACGAAAGGGAAAACGUUUCGUUGGCGUGUUUUCGUUAUCUGAAAGCGAAACUUCGUUGGUGUCUUCUCUUUGUUCAGUUACGGUCCAAGUAUAACGCUUUUGAAACUCGAGUUGCCAUACACUAGCUUGAUAGGAAUACAUUUCCAUUUAUGAUAGUAAUACUGGAAGAAUAACUUCACUUAAACGAAGCAGUGGAGCCGUCCUACGACUGGUAAGAUUUAACGACCGAAGAAAAUUUGUUGGAAAGUACCACUGAUUACAAAUUAUUUUAUAUUGAUAUAACUAUACAUGCAUAUAAUUGUCUACGGUGGACGUCGUUUUAUGCAUGGUAUCUUGUAUUGAGUGCGGCCAGUAA